AUGUCAUACAGACAGUCGCGCAACAGCGGCGACCGUCGCAGGAAUGAUUCCUACGACUCACGAUCAAACACAUACCGCCCGCCGCCUCCCUCUCAGUCUGGUCGCGACUACCGUGCAUCCGAUUCCUACCACCCGCCACCGCCUGGCUACGAUAGCUUCAAACCCCCGCAGGGCAACUUCAGCUUCCGGUUCGACAAGCCUGCGGGCAUCUCUGACACGCCGCGCUUUGACGAUGCCGGUCGGGCUGGUGGUCGCUGGUCAGGCGGCAGAGACCAUCGACGCGACCGUAGGGACAACCGCGGAUACCGUUCGUCUCGGGGAGGCUAUUCCCAACCCUGGCGCAAACUCGCAGCGGAUCGUCCAAUCCUCAGCGCGACGCACGACGAUAACAAGGAGCUCUCGUUUGCAACAUCUGCCAGUGGUGUGACGUACCGAGCGCUCGACGAGCUUUCAGACAGCGAAGAGGCUGAGAUGGACAUCUCGGACAGCGAAGACGGCGGGGUUCCCAGCAAGAAGAAGCGGCGACUGAAUGGAAGCGAAGACACGACAGCGAACAGCGCACCCAAGUGGUCGAAUCCGGACCCCUACACGGCAGCGCCGCCGCCAGACAGUACGCAGACCAAGAGAAAGGACGUAGUGCAGCUCAUCCGCAAGGCAAGGGUGCAGCCUGCGGUGGUCAACAAGGCAGAGGUCCCAGCCGAGGCGGCCGAUUUCAUUUCGUGCAAUUUUGACGACAGCGAGGAUGACGAGGAUGAAGAUGAAGAGUCACAAUCAGAGACAUUUGAGCGAGGAAAGAGACAGGCGCAAGAUGAUACCGACGACGGAGAAGUGCUAGUCGCGUCUAAAACUGCAGAUGCUCCAAGUUUGAGUUCUGCGCACACACCUUCCGAAAGCGAUCUAAGGCGUCAAGGUUACACCAACCCCGCCAACCUCGCACCCUCGAACGACUUGGGAAGCAGGAAGCGUACCUUUGACGACGAGAUCAAAGUGCCCGAACAUUCCAAGUUGAAAAAGCACACCACCAAGAUGGGAGCCGGCGGCAUCGUCAAGGAGUGGCAGCCAUCCAAAGGCAUGAACACGUGUCCGUGGGUCACUACCGAUCACUCCGACUGUCGGGAUGGCGGAGUUUGGCUUCACAAGGAGAUUGUCGACUUUUACAACUAUGCCAAACCUCGUGAUUUUGAGGAGAAGCUCCGGCAAGGACUUGUCGAUGAGCUGGCCAAGCUGAUCAGGAACUCACAGUACCGUGAUGCGACCGUCUAUCCAUUUGGUUCAUUCAAGUCCAGCCUUUACCUGCCCACUGGUGACAUGGAUCUUGUCUUUUGUUCCGACUCAUACAUGAAUGGUCGCGCCGCUCGAUAUUCUAGCAAAAAUCACGUCUUCAAGUUUGGCGCCUUUAUUGAGCGUAAGCAGCUUGCCGUUGACAACCACGUCGAAAAGAUCUCAAAGGCUCGCGUCCCUCUGGUCAAGUACGUCGACAGUCGGACGGGCCUCAAGGUCGACAUCUCGUUUGAAAAUAUAACCGGUAUCCGCGCAAUCGAGACGUUCCUGGCUUGGCGUGAACAGUUCCCCGACAUGCCGGUCCUCGUCACGUGCAUCAAACACUUUUUGGCCAUGCGCGGCCUCAACGAGCCAGCGAACGGCGGCAUCGGUGGUACUACUGUUAUCUGCCUGGUCGUGAGCAUGCUGCAGCUGAGUCCGGACGUUCAGAGUCGCUCCAUGACUCCCGAAAAUCAUCUGGGCCAACUACUGUUGCGGUUCUUUGAUCUGUACGGAAACAGAUUUAACUACGACCGUGUAGCCAUCAGCAUGAACCCUCCACGUUACAUUCCCAAGAGCCAAGUCACAAAUAUCGUCUAUAGGAAUACGGACCGUUUGUCCAUCAUCGACCCGAACAAUCCCGAGAAUGACAUCUCAGGCGGUUCCGGCAAUAUCCGUACCAUCAAGGCGGCCUUCUCUCAGGCCUACGAUCUUCUGCGUGAGCGCGUUGCCACGCUGGCCCGCUCGCCUAAGAAGCAGGCAUUUUCGAGCCUCCUUGAGCCCAUAUUUGGAGGCAACUACACCUCAUUUGAAGAUCAGCGCGAUCACCUGUAUAAACUUUGGCAGAGGUCGACCCGUCGCUGA